AUGCAGCUGUGCCAAGGUGCCUCCAGCAUGGCAGCGGCCGAAGUGCCCGGCUACCUUGUGUCUCCUCAGACGGAGAAGCACCGGCGGGCCCGCAACUGGACCGACGCUGAGAUGCGCGGCCUCAUGCUCGUCUGGGAGGAGUUCUUCGACGAGCUGAAGCAGACCAAGCGCAACGCCAAGGUGUACGAGAAGAUGGCCAGCAAGCUGCUCGAGAUGACCGGCGAGCGCCGGCUGGGCGAGGAGAUCAAGAUCAAGAUCACCAACAUGACCUUCCAGUACAGGAAAUUAAAAUGCAUGACAGAUAGCGAGUCUGUCCCGCCAGACUGGCCCUAUUACCUAGCCAUUGAUAGGAUUCUGGCCAAGGUCCCCGAGUCCUGUGAUGGCAAACUGCCGGACAGCCAGCAGCCGGGGCCCUCCACGUCCCAGACCGAGGCAUCCCUGUCGCCGUCUGCUAAGUCCACCCCUCUGUACUUACCGUAUAACCAGUGCUCCUACGAAGGCCGCUUCCAGGACGAUCGCUCCGACAGCUCCUCCAGCUUACUGUCCCUUAAGUUCAGGUCGGACGAGCGGCCCGUGAAGAAGCGCAAGGUACAGAGCAGCCACUUCCAGAAGAAGAAGCUGCGACUGCUGGAGGCCAUGCUGGAGGAGCAGCGCAAGCUGAGCCGCGCCAUGGAGGAGACGUGCCGCGAGGUGCGCCGCGUGCUGGACCAGCAGAACAUCCUGCAGGUGCAGAGCCUGCAGCUGCAGGAGCGCAUGAUGAGCCUGCUCGAGAAGAUCAUCGCCAAGUCCAAUGUCUAGGCCGCUGGGCGGGCAGCCAGGGCCCGGGCUCACUGGGGACGUGACUCAGGCCUGCCUGGGC